AGACGGAAAAGGAAACGUAGCGGGUGUGUACGUUGUGUGGGUCGAAAAAUAAAGCACUUGUCUCUCGUCUUCCCGCGAUUGGGAGCCCGUGUAUAGCGGAGAACGCCAUGGCCUCCGCUUCCAAAUCCUUCCUCGCCGAUGCAGGGUACGGGGAGCAGGAGCUGGACGCCAACUCUGCUCUCAUGGAACUGGAUAAAGGUCUACGAUCUGGCAAACUGGGAGAGCAGUGUGAGGCUGUUGUCCGUUUUCCAAGACUCUUUCAAAAAUAUCCAUUCCCAAUACUCAUUAACUCAGCAUUUUUAAAGCUAGCUGAUGUGUUCAGAGUUGGAAACAAUUUCUUGAGGCUCUGUGUUCUAAAAGUUACUCAGCAGAGUGAGAAGCACUUGGAGAAGAUUCUGAAUGUGGAUGAAUUUGUGAAACGAGUUUUCUCUGUAAUCCACAGCAAUGAUCCAGUUGCUCGUGCAAUCACACUCAGAAUGUUGGGCAGUAUGGCAUCCAUAAUUCCUGAGAGGAAGAAUGCACAUCAUAGUAUUCGCCAGAGCCUGGACUCACAUGACAAUGUAGAGGUUGAGGCUGCCAUCUUUGCUGCAGCUAAUUUUUCUGCCCAGUCCAAAGAUUUUGCCGGAGGGAUAUGUAACAAAAUCAGUGAAAUGAUUCAAGGUCUAGCCACUCCCGUAGACUUGAAGUUGAAGUUGAUCCCCAUCCUGCAGCACAUGCACCACGAUGCCAGCCUCGCCUCCAGCGCUCGCCAGCUACUCCAACAGCUGGUGACAUCCUACCCUUCCACCAAGAUGGUCAUUGUUACUCUGCACACCUUUACCUUGCUUGCUGCCUCCUCUCUGGUUGAUAUUCCCAAGCAGAUACAGCUGUUACUGCAGUAUUUGAAGAAUGACCCAAGGGAAGCGGUAAAGAGGCUUGCUAUCGAAGAUCUAAAGUUACUUGCUAAUAAAACCCCACAUACUUGGAGCAGAGAGAAUAUUCAGGCCUUGUGUGAGUGUGCGCUUCAGACUCCAUAUGACAGUUUGAAACUGGGCAUGUUAUCUGUACUUUCCACACUUUCGGGGACAAUAGCCAUCAAGCAGUACUUCAGCCUUGCUCCAGGAACGGCAAUGACUGCAGCAAGAUCAUCUGAUCUGGUCAAGCUAGCACAGGAGUGCUGUUACCAUAAUAGCUGCGGUACUGCGGCUCACGGAGUCCGUGUUCUGACAAAUAUAGCUGCUUCCUGCCCAGAAGAAGAUCGUUUGCCAUUGGAGCAAGAUGCAGUCUUUGGCCUUGAAUCCCUCCUUGUUCUUUGCAGCCAGGACAGCAGUCCUGGUACCCAAGCAACUUUGAAGAUAGCCCUCACUUGCAUGGUGAAGCUAGCCAAGUGUCGCCCUCUUUUGAGCCAGUCCAUUGUGGAGUCCUUGUUGACACAGCUGCACAGCGCGCAAGAUGCUGCCAGGAUUCUCAUGUGUCAUUGUUUGGCAGCCAUCGCCAUGCAGUUGCCUGUCUUAGGGGAUGGGAUGCUGGGAGACCUGAUGGAUCUUUAUAAAAUGAUUGGACGGUCUGCUUCUGAUAAACAGCAAGAGCUUUUGGUCUCUCUUGCAACUGUGAUAUUUGUGGCCAGUCAGAAGACUUUAUCCUCUGAAGUGAAAACUGUUAUCAAGCAGCAGCUUGAAAAUGUUUCCAAUGGAUGGACGGCAUACAGGAUAGCCAGGCAAGCUUCCAGAAUGGGUAACCAUGGCAUGGCGAGGGAGCUCUAUCAAAGCUUGCUGACUCAGGUGGCUUCAGAACACUUCUACUUCUGGCUGAACAGUUUGAAGGAGUUCUCCCAUGCAGAACAGUGCCUAACAGGACUGCAAGAGGAUGAUUAUAGUUCAGCACUUUCCUGCAUUGCCGAGUCACUAAAAUCUUAUCACAGAGGAAUAGCAUCCUUGACGGCUGCCAGCACUCCCCUUAACCCUUUGAGCUUUCAGUGUGGGUUUGUCAAGCUCCGGAUUGACCUCCUUCAGGCUUUCUCUCAGCUCAUCUGCACCUGCAACAGCCUGAAGACUAGCCCUCCGCCUGCCAUUGCCACAACGAUCGCUAUGGCGUCAGGUAGUGACCUCCAGCGGUGUGGACGCAUUUCCAACCAGAUGAAACUCUCCAUGGAAGAAUUCAGGAACCUAGCUGCCAGAUAUGGAGAUCUUUAUCAGUCAUCUUUUGAUGCCGAUUCAGCAACUCUGAGGAAUGUGGAAUUACAACAGCAGAGUUGCUUAUUGAUAUCACAUGCAAUCGAAGCCCUGAUCUUGGAUCCUGAAUCUGCAAGCUUUCAGGAAUAUGGUUCUGCUGGAGUGGCACAUGUCUCAAGUGAAUAUGAAAGGAGAAUGAUGUCUGUGUUCAGUCAUGUGCUGGAGGAAGUGGAAUCCUUGAACAGAAAAUAUGCACCUGUAUCUUAUAUGCACACGGCUUGUCUAUGCAGUGCAGUUAUAGCCUUGCUGAAAGUCCCCUUGUCCUUCCAGAGGUAUUUUUUCCAGAAGCUACAAUCAACUAGUAUUAAGCUUGCCCUCUCCCCAUCUCCACGUAACCCUGCUGAGCCCAUCGUAGUUCAGAACAACCAGCAACUGGCCUUAAAAGUGGAAGGAGUGGUUCAGCACGGCUCCAAGCCAGGCCUUUUCCGCAAAGUCCAGUCCAUCUGUCUGAAUGUGUCCUCAACGCUGCAGAGCAAAUCUGGACAAGACUACAAGCUGCCUCUUGACAGCCUGACCAAUGAGAUGGAGCAGAUGGUCGAGCCUCACAACGAUUACUUCAGCACGCAGUUCCUGUUGAACUUCAUCAUUGUUGGCACCCAUAGCAUCACUGUGGAGUCCUCUGUGAGAGAUCUCAAUGGCAUCAUAUGGAAGACUGGGCCAAAAACCACUCUGCUGAUUAAGUCUCUGGAAGAUCCAUAUUCUCAGCAAAUUCGGCUUCAGCAGCAGCAGGGACAGCAGCCUCCCCAGCCACCCCAGCAGCCACCGCAGGCCCAGACUCAGCAACGAACUGCAUAUUCCCGAUUUUAGCACUCAUUCUUCAUUCAGGGACCCGUGUUGUGGGCACUGUGCUGGUGUGAGGGACUGAAGGCUGGUUGCCUCGCAUACCCAGCCAGUCUCUUUUGAUUCAGCUUCAGCCCUUUCCUUAAUUAAUUUGCAUUCCACUUUUGAAGAAGUUUUUUAGGAUUGUUCUUUGUGAAGGCCACUGUACAUUAAGAACAGUUUACAUUGCUUUCCCAAAUCAGUUGAUCCCCGUGUGUCUUGGCUGUUCAAGUUCCUCUUGGAAGACAGCGAGUGAGCAAGGAAAUGUGUAAGUAUUAUCUGAGUUGCACUCUUGGAGUCAUCCAGUCGCCACCUCCUAAAGAGCACAAACUGGUUUGAGAGCGCUAAGCAAAUGCUACACUGGAGUUCUGAAACCAGGUGGUACUUGCGUGUAUGUAAACCGCAGAGAUGGCAGAUGUCACAAAGUUAGGCCCAUGUAUCCAGACAUUCUGGGAUGAUAAUUGCAAGUAAUGCUUUUGAAUGUUGUCAUACAAAAAGAAAGGUUUAAUAUUCCAGUUAUGGUGACAGUGCUCUUUAUCCUUCUGAAUCUCAGAGAUAGUCAUUUUUGUUGCUUAUGGAUGCAUCACUGCUCAAGAGAUGCCAACUGGGAAACUGGAGACUACCUUGCCAAAGACACUUUCAGCUUGGAUGGGGUUCCAGUCUUCCCCUCAAAAGAAUGGAAAUAAAUCUGUUUCAUCUUUGAGAGACUGGAAAAGCUUAUGUUAGGAAGCUGACAAAUGAGAAAAGCUGCUUUUAUGCUUUUUCACUCCAGUGCCAGUGCUUUUAAGAGGAGGUCCUUGAAGAGACAACUUACUUGAAAAUGUUACAGUGCUAGAAGCAGUGCCUACACCCUCGAAUGUGAAAAGGGAUGUAUCUUGAAUGUUUUUAAAGAUACACUUUUCUGCAAGAGCAAAGACCCUACAAGAUCAUGAAGGGAGAACUAUUUCCCAUUAAUUACUCCUUAAUGAAUAAAAAUCCGGCUGAGAGAUACGAAGAACAUAUUUCUGCCAUAGCUAUUUAAACCGGUUUGUGAAGUGCCUUCUGUAGCUCUGCAGGAAGGAACAGUCAUUGCAUUAUUGCAUGCUCAUUGUGUCCACGUGCCUUGCUUUCAGAUGCCAGAAGUCCAUUCAGGCGGUGAGGUUCCAGGCAUGCAGGCUGCUGGGGGCUUCCCUGAAGAAAAGCAUUUUCUUUGGAUGGGUGCUGCACAGUCUUUUUUGUAGCUGGGAUUUGUUAUUCUUUAUUGGAAAAACUCAGAUGGGUUUUAUUACUCAAAUUGUUAAAGAACAGGUUAUCAUCUUAAUUAUGUAGUGGACGGGAUAUAAAAGUUUUGAAUAAAUAAAGUAUGGAAUAGUCUAAUAAAUCAUUAAUUUUCUAUUUGCA